AUGUUUGAUUAUUUAUAGGAUAAUCCCAGUAAAGGGUGAGACCUGUAUCAAUAACGUACACUAUUAAAAAGGGCAAAGUGAAACAAAACCUUGCAACAGCUACUGAGCAUUCCAAGUUUUCCAACCCAAGCUUAUGCUCAUGCUGUGUUCCCUACAGCACCCCGGCUGGGAGAGUCUGGCUCUGGAGUACCUGAGAGCUCCUCUCACAGUCAGUAUUCCUGUCCUGCUUCCUACACUACCCCUGCUGGGAGAAGCCAGACCUAGACUAUCUGGGAGCUCCCUCCCUCCAGCUCGCUCUGCUGGAAGAUGCUGGAACUGGAGUAGCCAGGGGCUACCCCUACAGCCAGCGCUCCUGGUCCCAGAUGUUUAUGUAGCUGGGGACAUGUAAUGGUUCUACCUCAGCCCCACAAAGGGCUUGUCAUGGGGACCUAGGGUGACCAGACAGCAAGUGUGAAAAAUCGGGACAGGAGGUGUGGGGUAAUAGGAGCCCAUAUAAAAAAAAGCCCCAAAUAUCGGGACUGUCCCUAUAAAAUUGGGACAUCUGGUCACCCUAGGAGGGACCCAGCUGAAGGGCUCUCUCCAACUUUCCUCAUCCUCCCUGGGGUGCAGCCUGGGCUCCAAUUCCUCUGGGGGCAAUGGCAGCUGUCCCAGGAGGGGAGACUGUUUCCAUCAGGGUAUGCCCAAGGGGGGGCCUUGCACAGAGGCCGUCAGGGACGGAAGGGUUUGGGGAGGGAGUAGGUUCUUCAGAGCUCGGAACUAUCAGCGAGUAGGCGACAUUGACACACGGACACUAGACGCUGUGACACUGCACCCUCACGGGAAGCGUUUCCUGUUCCGUUCUUCCGCUCCCUAGAACCCCAAUAGGUUGGGUCAGUACUUCCGGUGGCCAGGUUCCGCUGAGUUACGAAAGUCUCUAUUGCCGGUUUCCUUGCUACCUGAGGAACUUUUCCGUAUUUCCGGUUCCCCAAUGGGCGCCGCCAUCUUCGGAAUCGGCUUCUCCCUGCUGCUUCUGUCCCCGCCGCCAUGUCUAAGGCCCUGGAGCAGGGCAAGGAGACCGCGCCUCCCCCCAAGCCUCUGUCCGAGAGCUGCUGGGGCUGCCGCAUCCUGUCCGGCUCGGUCCUGAUCGGGGCCGGAGUCUGGGUCUAUCUAGGCUCGCGCAGGGUCAUAAGCCGGGGCAUCGCCUCCUCCGUAGGGAACAUCGUCCAGCUCGUCUUCGCAGCCAAUCUCCUCUGCUGCGGCGUAAUCAUCCUAGCUGAUCCAUUUGGGAAACUGAAGAAGUAGCACAAACAAGGCAGGACAAGGUGUAGCUGCUGCCUCCACCAGCGCUGGCCAAGUCAAACAAUGUGUAUUUGGGACAAUAACAUGAAUCGAAGAGAAAACUGUUUGCUUUUUCUUACUAUAGUAGCCUCACAGUGGUACCUGGGAGAGAAGAGACCCACCCUAACUCCCCCAUUACUACAAUCCCCAUCAUCUUCUCCACUAAGCUACAGCUGCCUGCAACCCUUCCCUCUCUGCUUGCCUUAUGCCAUGGCAGCUCCCCAGACUGCCCCUCUGGUGUAAUCCCCCAGACUAGCUCCUGCUUAUGGGAUGAGCUAUGAUAGUAUUUCUCCCCUGUCUUAACUCACUCUGUUCAUUCCAGCAUCCAGUUCUAAUUUAACCUCCUGCUGCUUUGAAAACACCCCCCCCCCCUUGGCUCCAGCUAGGCUCUGCUCAACAAGAACUGGCUCCAUGGGGCCUGGACUCUCAGAACUGGGGGGGAGGAAUUGCAUUUCAAUCUAUCCUAGGAAGUAGUGACUCGGAAAGACAGGGAUAAUCAGCUGACUAGGAGCUCCUAGUGUAGUGCUUUAGCCAAAAGGGAUAAUGUGAUCCUUGGCUGUAUGAACAGGGGAAUCAGGGCCGGCACAACCCAUUAGGCGACCUAGGCAGUCGCCUAGGGUGCUACAAUUUGGGGGGUGGCGACCACAGCGGUAUUUCAGUGGUGGGCAGCAUUGCGGGGCGGCACCUUCCACCGCCUAGGGCGGCAGAAAAGCUGGCGGCGCUCCUGAGGAGAAUCUCAUGUCAGAAAAGAGGCUUUAUUCCCUCUGCAGCUGGCACUGGUGCAGCCACUGUUGGAAUACUGUGUCCAGUUCUGGUGUCCACAAUUCAAGAAGCAUGUGAAUAAGCUGGAGCGGGUUUGGAGAAGAACCACACGAAUGAUUAAAGGAUUAGAAAGCCUGCCUUGUA